AUGGCGGCAUCAGGAAUCGAACCACCUCCCCGGAGAUUCUACCUAGGAAAUGAGUUUGUCGAUAGCGUCAGACCUCUUGGAGACAAAUUGACGUUGCUCAAUCCCGUAGAUGACUCUGUGGUGGCUGAUGAUGUUCCAGUCGCCGGCAAAGAAGACGUGGACCGCGCGGUGGCUCUUGGAAAGGAAGCCUUCCGGAGGGGCCCAUGGGCAAAAUUCACAGGGAUUCAGCGUUCGGCGUGCCUGAACAAGUUUGCAGAUCUCGUUGAAAAAAACGUAGAGCGACUGGCAUACGCAGAGUCCCUCCCCACGGGGCGGCCUGUCGCGGGCAUCAUCCACUUUGACUUGGCGCAUAUGGUGCAGGUCUACAGAUGCUGGGCCGACAAGAUCGCCGGCGAGUCCUUUGGUGAAGACAACGGAUUCGCCAAGCUCGUACGAUACAAACCGCUUGGAGUCUGCGCGGGCAUCGCGUCCUGGAACGCCACGUUCAUGUACAUCGGAUGGAAGCUGGCCCCAGCUCUCGCAGCAGGCAACACGGUCAUCUUCAAGCCGUCCGAGAAGUCUCCCCUUGGCGUACUGGCUCUGGCGCCUCUUUUUGCCGAAGCCGGCUUCCCACCGGGCGUGGUGCAGUUCAUCACAGGCGGACGGGACACCGGCACUCUGCUGGCCUCGCAUAUGGGCAUUGCAAAGAUCAGUUUCACCGGUUCCAUCGCUGCUGGGAAAGCUGUCCAGGAGGCUGCCACAAGGAGCAAUUUGAAGAAGACCACACUUGAGCUCGGUGGAAAGUCGCCAGCUCUGGUGUUUGGAGACGCAGACUUUGAAAAUGCAGUUGGGAGCGUUGCUGGGGGGUUCCUUGCGAACUCGGGUCAGAUUUGCGUUGCCGCCUCAAGAGUACUAGUGGAAGAAUCAAUCGCGACCAAGUUUCUCGCUGCGGCCAAAGCCACCUUCGACGGCAUUGGGGCACAGAUGGGCAGCAGCCCACUCGAGCUGUCCACCAGUCAUGGCCCAGUGGUGGACAAGCUGCAGUUUGACCGCAUCAUGUCGUACAUUGACAAGGGAAAGGCAUCGGCACAGUUGCUCACAGGAGGCAAAAGGAUCGGCUCGAAAGGGUGCUUCAUCGAGCCUACGCUCUUCGUCAACCCGGACCCGCAGAGUCCAAUAUGGAAGGAGGAGGUCUUUGGGCCUGUGUUGACGGUGAGAACUUUUAAGACAGAGGAAGAGGCUAUAGCGAUGGCCAACGACAGCAUGUACGGGCUGGCUGCGUGUAUCUACACAUCCGAUCCUCCUCGUGAUGGAUCCAACUGA